GGGUAACACAAGACAUAACAAACGGACUGUUAAACUGAAUAAAAACAAUUAAUGACUCGAGGUGUAAAACAAACAAUCGUCUCGAGUGAUAUAUUUGUUGACAAGUACCCGUAUCUUGGAUCUCGAUUACUUAAGAAAAAACAACUAUAGCUAUUUGUGAGCUGUAGAUAACGGUUUGCUAUCGUUUAAUGCAUAUAUUUAUGCAGACUCGUUUUGUUAGGUGCUUACGGGUUUAUUGGACGUAUGAAGAUUGCAAGUGUUUAAUUUGCGGAUAGUGUUUGACAGGUAACCGUCACUAGCCAACACGACCACUGCCAACUGCAAGCAUGUCUGUGGCAGCCAUUGGCACCUCCGUACCCCGUGUGGGCCCCACUAACUCCGCCUCCACGGGGCACCACAAAGUUGGAGAUGGGAGACCAAACACCGGGAGAACAGGCGGAGUGUACACCAACAUUUUUCGAGCAUAUCCGAAGACGCCACAGAAACUUCCGGUCAGCAGAAUACCGGACAUUGUUGAGCGGAUGCAGAGGGACACUCGGGCCAGCAAAGCAAAGGCCAAGGGCGGCCAAUGGUACAAAGGCGACGACUACGUGGACCCGAGGUCAUAUUCCUGGAAAAACCUCGCCUUGUUCUCUGACUACCAGGCACACAUGUGGACCCAGGGCGGAGAUAUUAAAAAAACGUACAAGAAAUGAAAGAAUGAAACAUCACGCGUGUUUUUUUAUAAAGUUUUGUUUGUUUGCGAUCACGUUGAAGCAUGGCGGAGAUAUAAAAACACGUACAAAAAGUGAAAGAAGAAAAUAGCACGCUUGUGUUUUUUUUUAUAAUUUUAGAAAGUUUUGGUUGUUUGGUGUACUCUGCGAUGCAUUCACUAUUUAGCAGAGCUGUUUUUUUCAGUAUAUUGGUCUAAAUCUGUGAAGGGUAUCAAAUAUUGCCACAUUUUUUUUUGUUUCUGGCAACAAUAAACGAUUGAAAAUGUUUACGAACAACCCACACUGUCACAAGAAACAUAAUUAUGGAAGUGUAUAUUUGAUCCAUAUCCGGAUGCUGCGACCUAGCUUGUACAUGGCAAAACAUUAUCCUAAACAAUAAAUUUGAAACAAAAACACAGCAAAAUAAUUAAAUUAAGUCCGCGUGCCAAAUAUAUAGCUAACAUACAUUGUUUCUUUUUUAGGAACUUAAUGUUUUGCUUCAAAUGUAUUAAAGACCCAUAAUGCAUAUCAUUCAUUUCUGUCAUAACAUUACCAAACAUUAUACUGUUUUAGUGUGUUAUUUUUCAGACAGCUCUAAAAGCCAUUCUUUUAUUUUAUGAAAACAAUAUUUACCGUGUCAGUAUUACAUAUACAAAGAUAUGACAAUGUUUUUAGAUUGUGGUGAUGACGUAUAUAAUGUAAAUAAACAUAUAUAAACACGUAUGAAAUAAUUAUUUUUAAGUAAUAUAUAAUCCAAUUAGUAUAAAGCAAAAUAACUGAACGCUUAAGAAGUUAGGAGAAAAAUCUAAGCUUUAGCAAUGAUUAUGAUAUAUUAAAGUCCUUUCUUACGUUACUUCAAUGUACGGCUAUCAAUUGAACACAAUUGACGUAAUCCAAUUGCUUUAUCUAAUUACAAGAUUGCCCUAGAUCUAAAUGCAAUCGAAGUUUAAUUAGAAUAGCAUUCUUUAAACGAUCAAAAACAAGCCAACCAAUAUCUGCGCGAUAGAAAACAAAGGUUCAUAUCAAAUCGAUUUUAUCAAUAUUCCAAUAGCCAAUUACAUGCAAAUACGUAGUAUCUGCCAAUAAAAAUAUAAAAGCU